UAAAAAAUCCUGGUUCGGCUCCCAUUUUCCAUCCCGCUCAUUAGAAAGAUUGGUCGUGAUUUGAAUAAAUUUCGGGCGCAAUGAUUUGAUCCAUUUUUAUCUUAUUUUAUCUGUUUCAGAGAUCCAUAUGUGAUAUUGCCCGCAUAAUCGGUGAUUUUAAUCUUUUACAGAGAUCGCUUUAUCUGAUUUCUGAUUUAUUAUCAUUCAUAGCAUGAAUUUUGAAUUUUUAAUGAGCUUUAAUUUAGCCAGUGAAUGACUGAAUGUGGUUGAAUUGUACGUAUUUGUGCAUCGUUAUCGCAUGAUCUGAUCGGUUUUAUCACAGCAACCUGCGGGCUGUAUGACUCGUUAAAUGAGCCGCGUGAAGAAAACAGACUGAACCAUAAUAAAGUCACGUGGAUGCGUGGAGAUCCGACCGCAGAACGCGCGUGUGUGUACGAGCAGUGCGCGGAGAUUGUAAUCGACCAUUCCGCGUCACACUCAUCACUCGCACAACACUGGUUGCAGGAAACGAUUUCUGGACUACUGUUUCCUUGUUUUUGACCCUCGCAUGACAGUAUUGUAGCAUAUUGAGAGUUUUAUUUUGUGUGGAUGGCAGUCAUGACACGAAUCUUGAUGGAACGCGCGAGCGGAAUUUUUCAUUGUGUCAUUUCUGUGGAGCAGAGUUUUGGCGUGUCUUGUUGAUUUGUCUCGGAUUCACUCGGUUGAGAUUUGAAAAGGUGAUUUCUGGUGUGUAAGUGAAGAGGAGUGUUGAGGAUGGCGGAGAAGGUGCAGAAUCUGGCGCAGGCCAUCUACGCGGAGUUCGAGAAGCUGAUGGGCAAGUACGACGAGAAGGUGGCGGACGGGCUGAUGCCGCUGAUCGUCAACGCGCUGGAACUGCUGGACGCCAGCUGCGUGGAGAACGAGGAGCGGCGCGCCGAGGUGGAGGUGCUGCGCGAGGACAACGAGCAGCUCAUCACGCAGUACGACCGCGAGAAGGCCCAGCGCAAACACUUCCAACAGAAAGUGGUGGAGGUGGAAGACUCGUUGGACGAGGAGAAGCGGCAACUGCAGGAGAAGAGCGACAGUCUGGAGGCCAUUGUCCGCAUUAUGGAAGUCAAGUCCAAGAGCGCCGCCGAUCAGGUGAUGCGUUAUGAAGAGAAGGAAAAAGAAACCCGUAAAGAAUAUGACAAACUCCAUGACCGAUAUUCUCAGCUGUUCAAGACGCACGUGGAGCAUCUGGAAAGGACGCGGUAUUUACUCGGCGCCAAUAACAUUGACGAGAACGGCUUCGUGAAGGAGCCGCUGUCCUCGGCCUCGCAGGCCUCCGAGAUCGACAUGGACGACGAGGAUGUGGAGGCGCGACUCGCGCAGCGGGGCCGCCAACUACUCAACUCCAUGGAGCAGACGGUGCGGGCGGCGCACGCCAGCCCGGGGAGCGUUGCGCCGCUGCAGAGCGCCAACUUCACCAACAUUCUGCCCAGGAGAAUGACAUCGUACACGGAAGGCGACAUGUCAAUGGAGCCGGAUGACAUGGAGCUGGGGGAGCGGGAUGAGAAGAAGGACGUGGGAUCAGAUACGGAGGAGGAGGGCAGCGGUGAUGCGCAGGGCGCGGUGCCGACGGAGCGGACGGAUGCUGAUGCGGCCAGUGGGCGUUUCCCCUUUGCCAUCAGCCGCGAGAUCGAGGAACUGAUCCGGGAAAACAACGAUUUAUUAGCCACGAAGAAUGCCUUGAACGUUGUCAAGGAUGAUCUCAUUGCCCAGUUGGAUGAAUUGUCCAGUGAGAAGGAGAUGUUCCGUGAAGAGAACGCCUCGCUGCAGGAAGUGAAGAACAAGCUGAAGGAGCGCAUCGUCAACCUCGAGGACAAUUUAAAGCGAAUGCGUGAGCACUACGAACUGAAGCUGCACGAGGCCAGUCAGGACGAUGAGAACGCCCUAGUGCCAUACGCGCAGCAGAAGCGUUUCACGCGCGUGGAGAUGGCGCGGUUGGUGCAGGAGAAGAACAAGUACAAGGAGCAGCUCAUGGAGUUGCAGGACGAGAUGCGCGCCAAACUGUCGCAGAAUCAGCGCGUCGUCAUGCAGCAGCGCCGCGGCCGGUCCGGCUUCUUCAAAUUCUUCAGCGGCCUGUUUGGGAGCUCCGGCAGCCGCGAGAACAGCGCUGUCCGCUACAACAACGACCACACCCUCCCGCCCUCGCGGGGCGGCGGCACCAUGUCCCCCUCGCAGCAGAGCACCGCGUCGCGAUCGCCUCCCGCCUCGGAAGCGGCGCCCAUCGACACCGCCGACGUCGUGGACCUCCAGGAGCAUUAUAAACGGAUUGCCACGGUGGCGGAGAAUGCCGGGACACCGCAGAAGAGCCCUCCUACCGGCGGCCGGGGAUCCCGUGGGUCCAUUUCAGGGCGAUCAGCCGGGAAGGAGACGCCGAGUGGGCGUGUGCAGGCGUUUGGGUGGAGUGUGCCGGUCGUCGCGGCAAGCGGAGCUGGCAAUGUACUGGGCAGUGCUGUCGUCCCGAAACCUCUCUACUCCCGGCCACUGGUGGAAAAGGAUCCCGAUAUGAAGAUUUGGUGCGCAGUGGGCAUUCAGCUGCCGCCACGCACGGUCACCGCCGCUGCUGAGCCGGGUUCCGAUGCGCUGCGCGAACAGGCGUACGCGGCUGCAUCGUCCGUCAUCUGGAUCUGCAGUUCGACGCACUCCAGCGGCAAGGUGACGGUCAUCGACGCCAACCGGCCCAACGAUGUGGUGGAGAGCUUCCCCGUCUGCUCGUCGCAUCUACUGUGCAUCGGUUACGUUCCAGGCGCUCACGACGACGUGGAGAUCCCGGUGCCGUUGGAGAAGCCGGAAGCCAGUCCGGAGAAGAAGGCCAUCGAGCAUCCGCUGAUGAACAGCGGCGGACGGGGGCGCAGUGCGGAUUUGGGGAACAUCCUCUUCGUGUCCUGCGCAACGGGAUCGUCGCCGCCGGUCAAGAGCGUCACCAGCGCAGCGGUGGGACACACGACGAGCAAUGCACUGCCCAGCGAUGCAAGCGUGAACAAUGCAACAACGGAUCUGUCGAGCGAGAUGAGCGCGACGUGGGAUCCCAGUGCGGAGAGCACUAGUGACCACAUUCCCGUUGACUCCGAUCUGGGCCGUGCCCGGGUGGAGGGUACCAUCUGGAUUGGCAGUCAGAAUCGCGGGCUGUACAUUUAUCAUGCGUCGCGGAUGUAUCGCAAACGCCUCAGCAAGGUGGUCCUGGACGACGCGGUCCUCUGCAUUGUACAUACGACGGGCCGCGUGUUGGCCUCGUUGGCGGACGGGCGUGUGGCGGUGUUCCGGCGGGUGCAGCCGGGUGGCUGGUGGGACACGACCAACUACCACCUGCUGAGUCUGGGCCAGGCCGACCACGCCAUCCGCGCCAUGAGCAUCGUCCCGCCGCCCUAUCCCGACUACAUCCCCGGCAUUCGUCGCAGCCCGGGGGCGGCUGGCAGUGAGCAACGGGACUGCGUGUGGGCCGGUUGCCGGAACAAGAUCCAUGUCGUCGAUCCCCUCUCCAUGAAGAUCCUGAGCAGUUUCGAGGCGCAUUCGCGGGUGGACAGCGCCAUCCGGCAGAUGGUGGUGGUGGGGCAGGGCGUGUGGAUCUCGCUGCGACUGGACAACACGCUGCGUCUCUUCCACGCCCGCACCAUGCAGCACCUCCAGGAUCUGGCCGUCGAGCCGCUCUGCGCGCUGGUCGCCGGUAAGGGUCGCUUGGGCAUCUCGCUGGUGCGUAUCACGGCCAUGUCGGCCUCGUGUCGGCGCCUGUGGAUCGGCACCAGUACCGGCGUCGUCCUCUCCAUUCCCCUCAGUUUUACCCCAGAUGCUAGCAACCCGGACAAGGAGUCGGCGGACGUGGCGAAAUGUCUGCCCGGGUGCGAUGACACACUGGCGCAGGUGUCCUAUCACGGACACCGGGAGGAGGUCAAGUUCUUUGUCUCCAUCCCCGGAACGUACACACCCGGCGGGGCCACGCCGGCCAGCAACGACCCGAAGGCCAGCCAGGAGGACGCCAGUCUGCUGGUGUCCGGGGGUGAAGGCUACGUGGACUUCCGCUACGAUGAUAGUGCGGAGAGCGGACUGGAGGAUUCUCCGGGCGGCAACGCGGAGCCGCGCAGUAUCCGCUCGCACCUGAUCGUGUGGCAGACGCCGACCACGCCUACCACCUCCGCGCCCCGAUCGUAAAGGGGAACGAGGGACACCCCUUCCCUCGCCCGGAGGGCGGCAGCUACCAGAACAGGCGCAAUGCAACGGACAGCCGUGAUGGUCUCUAGUCGGUGACGCAGAUUAUGCAAGGGAUGGUUUUGCCAGUUUAUUACACUGACCUUUCGUUUAUACGGCUUCCAGUAUGGUGUUCACAGUGUUUGUUAUCGUGUUCAUAGUGCUUUUACUUGUCUUUUAGCUGGAGUUUCUAUUUGAUUUUACUGAUUUUAUGCGUUUCUAAAUGGAUUUUUUAUUAGUGUUUUUGUUUUUUUGUGGUGGUGCUUUUCUGUGGAUUGGCGAAUUUGUGAUUGGUGUGUUGUGUUUUUCUUCGGGAAUCGUGAUUAUGGGAAAUGGAAACAAAAUAAAUUUAACGAUAAUAUUGGAAGACAUUUAGAAA